AUGUUCGAGGCGAAGAUUCGGGCGCGCAACCAAAAGGCGCGGGCGACGACUGCGGCGGUCGCUUCGGUGAGUGGCAAGAGCGAGGCGAAAGGGAAGAAGAAGCGCGGUCGCAUGGAUGACUUUUAUGGCGAGGGUGGACAAGCGGCAAGGCGGGCGGCCAACGAGGCGAUUGUCCUCUACCUCGUUCUAGCUCUCGUUGUAGUAGUUAUCUCUGCAACUGGAGCGGUCUUCGUUGAGGCUGUCGAUUGCAAGGUGGUGACGAAGAGUGGCAAGUUCAUCGCCAGCGUACUGCAGCCGAUCAUCGAGCGCAUCGAGGCGAAGCAUGUUGUGGCGCUGUGUACGGACGGCGGCAGCAACUACAAGAAGGCUGGCAAGCUGUUGCGGAAGGAGUGGCCGCAUCUCGAGCUCGUUCCCUGUGCGACGCAUGUGCUGGACCUGCUGAUGGAGGACGUGGGCAAGAUGGACUGGGCGCAGGUGGUCGUGACCCAGACUGACAACAUGAUCUCUUUCGUGCGGGGGCACCAGUGCAUGCGCGCCUUCCUGCGCGACACGGAGCUGCACGGCAAGAAGAAAUCGCUGCCGGUGUUGCGCCUAGCAAGCACGCGCUUCGGAAUGCAGUUCAUCACAGUGUCUUGUCUGCGCGACGUUCGCCAGCAGCUCACGGCGAUGGUGACGCACAAGGAUUGGCCGGAGAGGGGGGGGAGCACGGUUACAGGAGCGGAUUUUGAGGGGUGGGUGAUGGACCAGGGGUGGUGGAAGAAGGUGGACGUCUUUCUGCAGCUGUACGACAUCAUGCUGCAGCUGACAGAGGAGUUGGAUAAGCUGCUGGAGGGGAGGGAGUGCAAGCUGAAGUCGGAGGAUAAGGAAAAGGUGUGGGAGCAUUUGAGGAGGCGUUGGGACGAGAGCCUGGCUUGCCCCCUCCACGUGGCAGGCUGGAUCUUGUUCCCGGCGAACCAGGAGGAGGGGAUCUUUCUGCAGGAUGCAGAGUGCACCGAGUUCAUGCACGAGUGGCUGGAGCGACAGAAGGCGUUCGUUGACAAGUACUGGAAGAAGAACCGUGGCAAGAAGGGACUGGUGAGGCCGCUGCAUGAGGGGGUGACGGCCUACAUCAACGGCGAAGGAGGAUUCGGCACACAGACCGUGAUCGAUGGGCGUGGGGAGAUUCAGCUGGGGAAGGGGAACGUGAUGUUGUGGUGGCAGUACAAUGGAUGGGAGUACGCCGACCUGGCGUGCAUUGCGCGGCGCACGCUGUCCCAGGCCAUUUCCGCUUCCCCAUGCGAUUUCCGCUUCCCCAUGCGAGCAGGGCUGGUCUACAUGGGAUGGCGUGCACACGGCGCGCAGGAACAGGCUUGGGGGUACAAGUUGGAGGAGGAUGGGGAGGUGGAGGCGGACGAGGACGACGUGUGCCUCGAUGAGUGGGCGGAGGAGGAGGAGCUGGAGAAGGAAGGGGAGGAGGAGGAGGAAGAGGAGGAGGAGGAGGAUGAGGAGGAGGAGGAGGAUGAGGAGGAGGAGAGUUAG